AUGGGACAUCUUACUUAUUCUGCGGAUCUUCCGGCAGCCAGCCUCGAAACCUUCAUUCUUGAUAUGAUUCAGGCUGCUUUGACUGCUGCUGUGACACCAUUGAGCACCGAUAUUGAUACGCUUGUAGCAAGGAUAACGGUGUGUGAGCGUGGUCAAGGAGCCACCGAUGAGGUGACAACUUUAAAAGCUACCAUUGUUGAGCUGAGAAAAUAUGUGCACUACCUAAAGUCCACCGAUAUGUCCAUGGUUUUUGGAACAAUGGAGAUUCUAAAUGUGCCCGAGAUGCCUCCAACUACCACCGGACAUAAGGAUAGAAUGGAGCAGACAGUCGAGCCUGAGUCAAAAGCAGAUAUUGGUGAGGAGAUGAUGGGGGAGACUGAGGGAGGUGCAGAUGAGGACCUGACUGAGACUGAAGCACCUAUGAUAGAUAGGGUUGUGCAGGCCUCCCUGGCAAUUACACCAUUUGCUGUGUCUAGUGAAGAUGGCUCUUCUAGGUGA